AUGGAAGAGAAUCUUGACAAAGCUCUUCAUGAUAUGGCUACACUGGUAGAAUUAGCUGCCUUAACACUGUACAGUCAGUUGAUCACGAAACCCUACAUGCGGCUGGUUCGUGCACCUGGAACUGAAGACCUCAAUGUUCUCAAUUUGAGCCUUCUCCAUGACGACCUUAAGAAUCACAUCAAAACCAUCAUCAAUAAGCCAUCUGUCAUCUUUGAUUUUCAUCCAGACUCUUACCUUUGUGCCACGUUUGACAAGAAGCCGUGGGAUGACUUGCUUGUGAUCCAAGCCAUCAUAGAUAUGCAUAAUGCAGGAACACUCCCACACCUUAUAGAAGUCUUUGUCGCAUUUUUGGGAGGUGCGCUGGAAACAUGGGAACAAUUUACAAAGGAGUUUGCUGCAGGUGGCCUAAUAGCCUUGUCGUCAGCUGAAGAACAUGAGCUCACAGCAAUGCCCAUCACCAAUGAUGUGAAUGAGGGGAUACUUGGGAUGUGGCGGAGACACUCGUGUGACAAGCCAAGUCUUACGGUUGGUCAUUUUUCAAACCAGGCAGCCUUCACACACAACGAAACGCAAAGAUUUUAUGAAUGCAUUGUUUAUUGA